AAUUAAAACCCUCGAAGCCUUUAUGGAAGAAGAAACCCAAACCUACAUCCUCCCCCUCUCCCGCUUUCGCCCUAGCUUCUUAUAUCUGCCCCAAACCCUCGCUUAUCUUCCUUCCACUCCCGGCUUGCCCCAAAACCAUGAACGAACCUUCGCGAUGCACUGGGCAUUAUAGCUUGCUGGAAAGUAAAGUUUUGCCACUUCAUUUCACUAGAUGACCGGCCCAACAUCUAAUUCGAAUAGAUCAUAACCUUCAGUUUCUUGUUGGAGUACGAUGGCCUCCCCUGGGAUAAGAGAUCUCCUCGCAUCCUUCAGUCCCUCUUCGGAUUUCUUCGCAAUCGCUUCGUCUGAUGGAAGAAUUAAGAUUUGGGAUACAUUGAAAGGUCAAGUUCAGACUGAGUUUUCUGAUUUUAGGACAACUUCAAAUGAUUCAGAAACGCUAUUUGAAUCAAAGAAGGGGCAUCUUGCGCUUGAUUACAAAUGCAUGAAGUGGGUGCAGUUGGAAAAGAAGAAGAAAAAGAAGCACGUGAACUCGUUAUUAGUACUAGGCACCGGCGACGGCGAUGUUUUGGCAGUGGAAGUGUCCACCGGCCAGUUGAGAUGGAGAGUUUGUGACUGCCAUUCUGGGGGUGUCAGUGCAAUUUCAUUCUCUAGACACAAUUCAUUUCUGUACACAGCUGGGCUUGAUGGUAUGGUUUGCCAGAUUGACUGCUCAAUUGGGAGUGUUAUUAAGAAAUUUAGAUCUUCCACAAAGGGCAUAUCAGCUCUCGCAAUUUCUGCAGAUGGGAAUAUGCUGGCUGCGGCUGCUGGUCUUUUGAAGGUUUUUAGUUGCGCAGACCAUACUAAGAUACAAAAGUUCUCCGGGCAUCCGGUUUCUGUAAGAUGCAUGAUCUUUAGUGAAGAUGGAAAGUCUGUACUAACUUCAGGAGUUGGUGAAAGACACAUUGCUAUAUGGAAAAUUGAUGGAACAAAAAAGAAAAGCGCGAGCUGUGUUCUUUUAAUGGAGCAUCCCGCCAUUUUUCUUGACAGUCGUGGCUCGAAUCAUGAGGAUUUGAAGCUUCGAGGUUUAUUCGUUCUUGCACUUUCAGAGAUUGGUGUUUGUUAUUUCUGGCAUGGAAAUCACAUUGAGGAACUACCAAAUGCGAGGCCUACGAAAAUUUCGCCAGAAAUUGAAUCUUUUCCAUCAAAGGGCAACAAUCGAGCAAUAUUUGCUGCAAAACUUGAUAGAAUAGUUCGAUCUAGUGUUGGAUCUGUGCGGGUUGCCCAUGGAUCUUUGAUAAAGCCAUCUUUUGAGAAACUUAUAGUCGAACACGGCGUCGACAUUAGCUUGAAUACAUCGAAGGAGGGUCUUCUUUUUCAUGUUGGUCUGUCUCACAUCUCGAGUAAAGAGAAAGUGGUUAAUGCUAAAGUUUACACUUUAGACUCUGCCAAUGCUGAAGAUGCUAUUCUUCCUUUCACGAAGCUACAUGUUAAUGAAAAAAAGAGAAAGAAUUGCACACCCUACCCUGUUUUAGAUUUUGAGAAAUCAAAGUUUGACUUUGAUACAAGAAAGAGAAAGAGUUCCUUUUCGCCUAACGAAGUUUCGAUGCAAAUUGUGGAACUGGAUGAACCAAUUUGUAUUGAAGAUAGGCUUAGAGUAGCAGGACUUCUUGAGGAUAAAUACGAACUUGAGAGGAAAGCUUUUUCCAAUGGUUUUGAUGAUGCCAUCAUGUAUGACAGCCUUGACUUCAUAGUUGAUGUUAACUUGCCACGAAAAAAGAUAAGGAGCCAAAUCUCGAAAAUGAGAGCAGGUGAUGCUUGUAAGCUGUUAGAAUUAUUGGUUCCAUCAUGGAGAACUGGGUCUGCUAGUUCGAAGCAUUUGCUGCCGUGGAUUUAUUAUAUUUUAGUCAUCCAUGGUCAGUUCAUCAUAUCACAUGAUUCUUGUGCAAGGGUGCUUGAUAACUUGGAGAAGAUUGAAAUUAGAGCAGUUGCCAAUUUAGAAAAUUGUCAUCCAGACAGUUUGGAACACCUUGUUUGA